AUGCAUUUACAAAAUUAUAUCCCUAGCAUACUGCUAGUGAUCCUGGUUACGUACACCACAAUUACUACAUGCGCAGUCGUCAAUCCUGUGGUAGAGCCACCAAUGAUCAAGGAGAUCAAUUUUGAAAAGAAUCUAGAAAAGAAUGCGAAACGGCUGAAGUUGAAGAAUCAUAAACUUGCAAUUGGGGAGAUGGCUAUGGAGCCGCCGGUGCGGAAGCAGGGCGAGCCGAAGUAUUUUCAGGAACCUGGCGUCGCUGCAGCGGGUCACUACGACGGUCGAUAUUACAUCGGGUUCGUCACGGAUGAAGAACGACAAAGAACUUUGACACACUUAGUCCGGGCAUGGCUUCAGUGGACUCAAAGCCAGGGGAUCGAGACAUGGCUAGCCCAUGGCACUCUUCUUGGUUGGUGGUGGAACAAUCGGAUUCUACCAUGGGACACCGACCUCGACGUUCAGGUAUCAGAGGCAACUCUCAAAUCGAUGGCCGAAAAUAUGAAUAUGACAACCUGGACCUACAAUUUCGAAGAAGAUAAUUUUCAAAGAGAUUAUUUACUCGAUAUAAACCCAUAUUGGACUAAUCGUCUUCGAGACCCACGGUGUGACAAGACCAGGGGUUAUUUCUUGUAA